AUGGAAAAGGGGGUAUCGGAGGUCGAGAGCCACUUUGACUUUGACUUCUACGAUCCGGGCAAUUGGGGCAUGAUCCUUCAUUGUUGGUGUUUGGGCUUCGUGUCCGGAGGCUUCAACGCCUUGCUCAUGGGCGUGGUUGCGGGCUAUAUGCACGUGCCCAGCGACAUCAUCCGAGGUUUGCAGAACAUGUCCUCCCUUCCGAAUGUCUUGUCCGUCUUCAUGGGUGUCGUGUCGGACUCACGCCCGAUCUUCGGAUACCGCCGCAGGCCCUACAUGGCGCUGGGCUGGCUUAUCACCACAAUUGCCUACUCCGCCAUGGCUUGCAUGGGGCUGCCUGAACCGUACUUCUGUGCAGGGCCGGACGGCGGGUAUCUGUACGAUCGGCUGCCCUGCAACCCACAUGCCCCGUAUUUUUACGUGCCUUUGGCGAUCUUCCUCUUCUCCGCGAACGUCGGCCUACUGGUGAGUGGGGCUGCGGGUCGUGGGCUGAUAGUCGAGUACGCAAAGGCCGAAGAUGAGGAGUCCCGCGGCCGAACGCAGACGCUGCUUGAGAUGGUCGGGUUGGUCGGGGGCUUUUCGUCGCUGAUGGUGGCCGGUUUCGGCUUCAAUGGCCGCCUGUUCAACGGCUCCUGGGAUCAGCGAUACCAGCUCGGAUACCGACAGUACGCCUCCAUCUUCGCCGUGGUCUCCAUGAUUGCAGGCUUGUCCUGCAUUCGCCACGUGCGCGAAGUACCAGGGGGUCGUGUGUCGAUGCGGCAGUACUUCCAUACUGCCUGGAGCCUCUUGCAGAGCCGGGCCGUGGCCGGCGUGGGCCUCUUCUACUUCGUCAGGGGCGUGAUCGCGAAGGUCUUCACCACGGCGAGCAUGUGGGUCAUGAUGGAGUGGGCCGGCGUGAAGGGCUUGCAAAUGCAGUUGUCCUCCAUGUUUGGGGUCUUCGCGUCCUUGUUCGGCAGCUGGCUCUUGCAGAAGUACAUGCUGAAUGUCAGCUGGCGGAGGAUCCUGAUGGUCGCCACGGUGGCCGGCGUAGCUUUGGAUGCGACUCCGACCUUUCUGACCAUCUUCGGCGUGGUGCGCAACGAGUACUUCUACCUUGGCGAGUCGGUCGUCAGCGCUGUGCCGGAGUCCAUGGCCACCCUUGUCCUCUGCUUCGUGAUCAACGAGUUGGCCGACAGUACCAACUGCGGUCUCAUGGCCGGGCUCUUCACGACCAUCAACAACGUGGCAAAUCCCUUGGGCUUGCUACUGGGGAACCAGAUCUUCGGGUUGUUCCAGCCAGCGCUUUGGGAUCAAGACAACUUCGUGGAGGACACGCCGGCCUUCCGCCGGACGGUGGGUUUCUCUUACGUCCUGACCUAUGCCCUCAUCCUUCUGCCACUCCUGAUCCUGCGUCUGCUUCCGAGCCAAAAGAGCCACGCUCAAAGGCGCAAGCGUGAAUGGAGACACAGGUGUUACUAUGCAGUGGUGGCAGCGAUUUUGUUGGGUGCAUCGCUCCUGUACACCUUGGUGGGUGUCGCCUUCGAUAUGGACCCAAUCCUGGCCUGCCACAGGUGGGUGGGUGGUCCAGGCUGCAACCAGGCCGCUAAGCUGUCUGACCCUGCUCAGGAUUGA